GCCGGCGGGGGCCGGGGGAGCUGGCGCGGCCCCGCGCCAUGAGGGACCAGCUGGAGCGGGGCCGGGAAGAGUGGCGGGAGCUGGAGGAGGAGUUCCGGCAGCUCCAGGAAACACACAAAGUUUACAGGCAGAAACUGGAAGAAGUCACCAGCUUGCAGACAGCCUGCAGCAGCUCCAUACAGAGGCAGAAGAAGACACUAAGGGAUCUGAAGCACAGCCUGCAACGGUGCAAGCCCAGAGCGAGUCCUGAGGAGUUUGCUCUCAUUCAGGAGAUCAGCAGCCAGAUCAAGGAGAGGCAGAAUGCCUUCUUUGACAUGGAAGCCUACCUGCCAAAGAAGAACGGCCUGUACUUGAAUCUGGUGCUGGGAAACGUGAAUGUAACCCUCCUGAGUAACCAAGCAAAGUUUGCCUACAAGGACGAGUAUGAGAAGUUCAAACUUUAUCUGACAAUAAUCUUGUUACUUGGGGCUGUCGCCUGUAGGUUUUUUCUGCACUAUAGGGUGACAGAUGAAGUGUUUAACUUUCUGUUAGUGUGGUAUUACUGCACGCUGACGAUACGGGAAAGCAUUCUCAUUAGCAAUGGAUCAAGGAUCAAAGGCUGGUGGGUGUCCCAUCACUACGUUUCCACGUUCCUGUCUGGAGUGAUGUUGACGUGGCCGGAUGGACUCAUGUAUCAGAUGUUUCGCAGUCAAUUUUUAGCAUUUUCAAUAUUUCAGAGCUGUGUUCAGUUCCUACAGUAUUAUUACCAAAGGGGCUGCCUCUAUAGGCUCCGGGCUUUGGGGGAGAGAAACCACUUGGACCUUACAGUGGAAGGAUUUCAGUCCUGGAUGUGGCGGGGGCUGACGUUUCUCCUUCCCUUCUUGUUCUUCGGGCAUUUCUGGCAGCUAUAUAAUGCAAUCACGCUUUUCGGAUUGUCAAGGCACAAGGAGUGCAAAGAAUGGCAGGUUUUUGUGUUGGCUUUCACGUUCCUGCUGCUCUUCCUCGGGAACUUCCUCACUACUCUCAAGGUGGUGCACACUAAACUCCAGAAAAACAAAGACAAAGUGAAGAAGCUGUGAACCCCCCCAUUCAUAGUGUGCAUCCCUCUGCCUGCAGCAGGGCUGGGUUUGGGACAGAUCCUGCUAAAGCCCAGCUCAGACAGAUGGGCUCGGGAGGACUCGUCUGUCCCCGUGUUUGGCAAAGGACUCUGCCAGCACAGACUCAGUAUUAUCUCAAGCAUGGCUCUCCAGUCUGCAGUCCUGCUAUUUAUGUAUAUUUAAUAUAAAACAUGUUUGCUUCUGGGUUUUUUUUUUCUUCUGUAUAUAGAGCAGCAUGCACCUGCCUGGCAAAGCGCCAGCGUUGGGGGAAUGUGGGAUCUACUGUAAUUCCAAUUCUGGAAUGAUAUUUAACACUUUCCAGUUUUAUUAUUUAAAUUCUGGUAAUUGAAUUUGCAAAGGGUUAUAAACACUCUGGGUGGAUCAGGAAUACAGAGCGAAUGCUGUUUUUCAAGGCAUUUGUUUAAGGCAUAUUUUCAGUGGCAAUACUAAACCUGUGUGUACUGUGAAAAGAAAGUGCUCAUCUUUGUACCAUACUGCUGCUAUAUACACUUUUAAAAAGCUGUUUAAAGAAGAGAAAUUCUCUUUAGAAAACAAAAUCAAGCAAGCAAAAGCGGUUUUUAAAUGGCAGGGAAGUCUGUUAUCCGUUUUCCAGGGAGACCGAGUCAUCUGUCCAGGCCUGAAAGGACCUAAAAUAAACCAUUCAAUAUG